AUGCGCUCAGCAUCUAGCAACAAAUCAUCCAAUUCUUCCACAAAGUCGAAGAAUAAUGAGCAUUUUUUUGAGGAUCCUUCAAGUACAAGGGUUAUUGAGCAGCCAGAUCGGCGCCCGUCGAGUUCGAUUACGCCUUGGACGCUUUGGGGUGGAGGAAAGUCCGAUGGCACCAAUGACAUGACAAACGAAGACUCUGAAAGAGCCAACAGUAAUAUAAAAGCUGCUGAACAAACGUGGUGGAGGAAAACUUCCAUAACCUCUUUACGUGGUGUUACGAAAGCUGAUAACUGCUGCCCCAAUGACCAAGAAGUCAAGGGUACAGUAGUCACAGUUUCGGGCAAUGCUAAAGCAGACGAAGAGAAUUCUGAAGCUGGCACCAUGACUGAACCUCGUAGGAGGGCCUGGUCUUUUUGGAAUCGGAAAAGCGCUGAAAAUGAAGAAUCUUCUGCUGUUGAUGUCAUUGAAUCCCCAACAAGUGGUGGUGCAAACAUUAUAAAACCUAUCAUCAAUGAGUUGAUAACCGGAGCUACCGAUGAUGCCAUUCUGUACAAGAAAAGGUCUAAGGACGAUACGGCUGGGGAACAAAACCUGGAGAACAAGAAUGAACAACAAGGACAUAUGAGAAAUAUCUUAACACCUGCUUUCGAAGUUUUACCUGAGCUAACCACAAUGGCGUCACUUUACUCUGGCUUAAUUAAGUAUGGUCACAGAUGGCACCUUUUGUCAAAAGACACUAUGAAACCUAAAUCCCUAUAUCGUAGAAAACCCGUCAGUGUACUGCGUUCGAUAAAUCAUGACACGACAGCACCUGUAAGGGUACUAAUAAUAGGUGUUCACGGGUUUUUUCCUACUAGGAUGAUACGACCGCUUAUAGGUGAGCCCACGGGAACUUCCACUAAAUUUAUUACAGAAGCAGAAAAAGCUGUGAUACGCUGGUUUCGAGAGCAAGACACUCCCGUUGAGAUCAGCAAAAUUGCACUUGAAAGAGAAGGUAAAGUUAUGGACCGUGUUGCAUUCUUCUUGGAAGUUUUGAAGAAUUGGGUUGACGAAAUAAAUAAGGCCGAUUUUGUUUAUUUUGUGGCACAUUCUCAGGGCUGUCCAGUUUCUAUAAUUUUGCUGGCAAAAUUGGUUGAAUCGGGUAUUAUACAGUUGGAUGCGCCGGGGCAUGCAAGGGAAGAGCCAAGUAACGGCCAAAGCAUGAAAGGAAGCAAAAUCGUAAGCAUUCUGGCAAUGGCUGGUGUGAACAACGGUCCCUUUUACGGUGUUGAUCAAACACUAUUUGUGAGAGCAUACUCGACCAUUGAGAAUGAUUCUUUGAGAGAGCUUUUCCAAUUUCAAAAUUUUCAAUCAACGCUGGCAAGGAAAUAUAUUCAAAGCUUGCGAAUUAUAAUAGCUAGCAACGUUAAAGUUGCUUUUGUUGGAUCAAUUAACGACCAAUUAGUGCCCUUAUACUCCUCUACGUGUAUGUUUGCCCGCCAUCCUAAUAUCUUCAAGGCUACUUUUAUUGACAAGGAUUCGAAGACUCCUAGUUUUAUAAGCCGGAUUGUGGGGAUUGCCAAUCAAUUAAAUAACUUGGGCUACAAUGAUCAUGGGAUCAUCAAAGAGGUAAGUGGCUCUUUGGCAGGAACUUUGACUGGUGGUGGGCACUCAAAAAUCUAUAAUGAAGGUCAGGUAUAUGACUUGGGUAUUAAGUUUGCGUUAGAGACCUGCAACCUGCCCACUGAGCAACCUGUCAUCUACGAAACCUACCAAGUGGAUGAGCUGGGAUCAAACCCAUACCACUUACCCUGGUGUAUGAGGGGUUUGCUUUUUGAUAUCGGAGUUCAUAUUGGCCGGGAUCAAAUUAUCGACUUAUUUCGUGAAUUUGAGGAGUGGGAUCCAGAAACAAAAUUGUUGAAGGAUGUGAAAUAUAGACUUAAUGGUCUAAGGUCUAAACUGUAA